CCUGCCCAAGACGCAGUCGGGGAGAUGAACGCUCCGCGCGCCCCGGGCUGGUGGGGGGCUGGGCAGAGGCGCCAGCCGAGGCGGUGGAGCGCGCCCAAGGGCAGGGGGGUCCAGAGACAUUUACCAAGCGCGUGGGCGGCUGUUGGAGGCCCCGCUCUCUAUGGCUGCGCCCAGGGGCUUGUCUGGCCCGCGGUUCCCGUUGCCUCACUAGCCUGGGAGGACCCAAUACUCGCGCCGGCCCUGAGGCUGGAGAGGAAAUGAGCUUAUCUCCUCGGAGCCGAGACGCGACGGCCGCAUCCGAGAGCCCCGCCCCGCCCGGAACAGCCUCACCUACCGCCGGCGACUUCCUUCCACCCGGAGCUCAUUUACAUGGACACAGGCGAAGUGCCCCCUCGGCGCCUAAUUGGUUCCCAGGGUCAAAGUUACUGAUCCCAUGGCAACUGAUGUUUCUAAUAGUCCAAGUCUGUGACUUUGCCCAAACGUCAUUCAGUUCUGGCAAGUGGAGUGAACUUAGGAUGUCAGCCAAGACCUUUUGGGGGAUUCUUGCUCUGCUCCGAAUUUUCUGGUGUCUUCUUCCUCAGACAGGUUACCUUCAUCCUGAUGAAUUCUUCCAAUCACCUGAGGUCAUGGCAGGAGAUAUUUUAGACCUACAAGUCUAUUAUCCCUGGGAAUUCCUUUCCAGUUCUCCUUGUAGAACAGCUGUGUUCCCAUUAAUUACAUCUGGCAUUACCUACUGGAUGAUCAAGUCUUUGCAACAGCUGGGCAUGUGGUCAAAUGGCAUCAACAGCUACACCCUUCUUGUGUCACCUCGCCUUCUCCUCACCACCUUUUCUUUCAUACUUGACUAUAGCGUGUAUCGGCUAGCUCCUUUCUGGGGUGCAGAUCGGUGGAACGCCCUGGUUCUGCUUGCUGGGUCCUAUGUCACACUAGUAUUUUACACAAGAACAUUUACUAACACACUUGAAGGACUUCUGUUUGCCCUGCUGAUGGUACUAGUAUCUCCAAAAGCCGUUGGUUAUGGAACAGACAUCAGCCAGGCGAAACCUACCAGUAGCAGUCUCAUAGGGAUUAUAACAGUUGCUGGGUUUUUCAACAGGCCAACUUUUCUGGCAUUUGCUUUAAUGCCACUGCUUUACUGGGCAGUUUUAAAUGCCACUUCUCAGCACAGUAUUAAAACUAUUGCAAAGCACCUCUUGAAGCUUGUUUCAAGCACAGCUUUCACUGCCAUCAUCUUCACAGCAGCUGACACGUUAUAUUUUACCUCCAUUGGAUCAGAGAUUAGCCUAUACAGCAUUAAAAAGAAUGGCUUGUUAAGCACCAUAGCUCAAAUAAAUCAGAAUGUAAUAGUGACCCCUUUUAAUUUUCUCCGCUAUAAUCUUAAUCCCCAUAAUCUUGCACAGCAUGGGAUUCACCCAAGAUUUACUCAUUUUGCAGUCAAUGGGAUAAUGCUCUUUGGGAUCCUGCACAUUCUGGCCAUCAGUGUUGGUUUAAAAAUGCUGAAAUUAAACAUCCAUCUAUUAUCAUGGAUCAGACUACAUAAUCAUAGACCAUCUACAAUGUUGGUGCUUGCCAAAGGCAAGCCAACAUUAUUAUUAUUCUAUUUUGUUCCUUUGGCAUUCCUUUCCCUAUUCAACCAUCAAGAACCUCGAUUCCUCAUUCCUCUUAUUUUACCACUAGUCCUACUGAUCACACCGCAGAAUAGAACCCUGAAGUGGAAACCCAUCAUUAUUAUUUUCAAUGUUCUUGGUGCCCUUUUGUUUGGGUGCUUACACCAGGGAGGGCUGAUCCCAUGCCUGUCUCAUUUAGAACAGCUCAUACAUUCUACAGAGUCCCUGAACCAUCCAGCACACUAUAUUCUACUCUUUGCUCACACCUAUAUGCCUCCCAGGUUUCUGCUCAGUAUCAAUAAGAGAGACCCAUUAGUAGAAAUAAUUGAUAUGGCUGGAACUGAAGAAAACACCCUCUGCCAAACACUGGGACACUUAGCAAACAACAUUGCCUGUGGGACUAGAGAGAUUGAUAAAGAAAGAACUUGUCAUUUGUUUGUUAUAACCCCUGGUACAGUCAGAACAACAAUACAAAAAUGUGGGGUUUUGUUCAAGAAUGAGACGUUAAUAUUUCCACACUUGACAAUGGAAGAUCCACCACAAAUAUCCUUUCUAUUCAGUGAAAAAUGGAGAAGUCAGUUAGGACUAUACAUCCUUCAGAUAGACAGAAAUGAACAGAGCAUUUAGUUAUUAGAGGAUUUAUGUUUCACUUUUUAAUUUUAUUUAGUUCUGCUGAAAGUUGCUGGAUCAACAGUCCUGGAGAUUGAUGUUCUCUCCAUUUAUUCACAGACACGAGUACAGCACAAGCAGUGGGAGUGCAAACUUCCCCAUAUUGUCCCCCCCACUAUUACCCUCAUCAGUGUUUCUCA